AUGUUAUUUUACAAACCGGAGUCUUACAUUUUACCAAAAGAAGAGAACACUCAGCCAGCACCUCUCGGAAGGACUAUAAAUCCUACUAAAGGAGAAGCUGGGAAUCCAGCAAUUCCUCCAACAAGACAGCAUGCUAUUAUGAGGAGAGGACCGAGUAACGAAGUCAAGCCUCGAUUCUUAAGAGACUCUUUGGCUAAUAAAGAUAUUAUUGGAGCCCAGCCCAAGAAAUUGUAUGAGGGAAGGACCAAAGACAGUAUGUCUAACGGAGAUAUUGAGGGAUCAAGCCCUAUGAAAUUAAAAGCAAGGAAUCUGAGUGAAUAUAACAUUUUUGAUUACAACGAUGUAAACUUUAAACCAAGCGCCAGAGCAAGGAGGGUUCCGCCUUCUAUACCAACUCUGAAGGUAAAAAGGCCAAAUGGUGAGAGCUUCAACAUGGACACUAAUGGAGAUCACCUGAUGAGGUCUGCGAAAUCAACAAGGCUCGACCCUUAUCACAUGAGUCAUUACAGAGUCAAUAAGAUGACUGAUAGUACUUACUCUCAUUUCUCUCCAAAGGCAAAGUUCCAAAGGUUAGGAGAAAUGAUCCAGAGCCAAAGCGAUAUGAGAUAUAAGCCCAUCGAAAAACCUCAGAAUGGUAGUAUGAUUAGUAGGAAUAAAGCUGAAGCUUUUGAUAAAAGAGGGGCUCCUGAGAUAGGAGGAAAGCUAAAUCAAUCUGUAGCUUUACCCAGUACGAACGAUGCGUUUAAUGAUCCUUCUAACAAAUUUUGCAGAAAUUAUGCUAUGAGAGAGAAGCCUGCUCCUUCAGGAUUUCAGAGGUAUCGCAAUAUGAAUUCCUCAAUGACACCUGAGAAGCUAGCAGCUAGACCUAUAGAUCAUAUGAAGAUUGAUGUGGGUAGCCCACAUGGGCUUCCGCCCUCUAUCCAAACUUUCAACAGAAGAGGUAAAUUUUACUAGAGAAGACCAUAAGAUUUCA